AUGCGAUUCCAGCUCACGAUAUUCUUGCUGGCUGCGUCGGCAACACUCUCCACUGCCCUUCCGACAUGGCAAGCUUUUCAAGAUUGGGCAAAAGGAUUCCAAGGAAAAAUUGUCCCAGAUCACACUUCACCAAGGCCAUCAAUAUCUUGCCAUCCAAAGUCCCCCUACUUACCGCUGCCAUUUCCUUCCCCGCGAAACAAAAUAUGCUAUGUGCGAAGUCACAAUGAUGGUAUUACAGAUGACUCCCCGUAUAUUCUAGAAGCGUUACAUAGCUGCAACAAAGGUGGACAUGUUGUGUUCAGAGAAGGGAUUCGAUAUUUCAUUUCGACUGCGCUUGACUUGACUUUCCUUGAUCACAUUGAUAUUGAUAUCCAAGGCUAUGUACUCUUUUCAAAUGACACAACGUACUGGCAAGCAAACUCUUUCAAGUUUGGUUUUCAAAAUGUGACUUCUUUCUUCAAACUUGGAGGAAAUGAUGUCAAUAUUUAUGGCGGAGGUACUCUUGAUGGUAACGGUCAGGCGUGGUACGAUCUAUAUGCCAAGGAUAUUUACAUUCUUCGACCCGUUUUGAUCGGCAUUGAUGGUCUACACGAUUCUAUCAUCAGCAAUCUAGCCCUACGCUACUCUCCCCAAUACUACCACUUCGUGGCAAAUGCUACCAACGUUGUGUUUGACAACAUCAAUAUUUCUGGCGCAAGCACAAGUGCAAAUGUUGCGAAGAAUACUGAUGGAUGGGAUACGUACCGGAGUUCUGGCAUUGUCAUUCAGAACUCCUAUAUCAAUAAUGGAGACGAUUGUGUAGCUUUCAAGCCCAACAGCACCAAUAUGCUAGUCCAAAACCUCUUCUGCAAUGGAUCUCAUGGUAUCUCCGUUGGCUCCCUAGGUCAAUAUGUUGGCGAGUAUGACAUCGUUGAAAACAUAUAUGUUUUCAACGCUUCAAUGCACAACACAACUGAUGGAGCACGAAUCAAAGUAUGGCCCGAUUCACCUAGCGAGCUCAGCGGCGACCUUCAAGGAGGCGGCGGAAGCGGAAUGGUGAACAACAUCACGUACGAUACGAUGCUGAUCGACAACGUCGACUACGCCAUCGAGGUCGACCAAUGCUACGGCCAAUCGAACCCCACCAUUUGCCUGCAAUACCCGUCCUCUCUCACGAUCACGGACAUUGUGUUCAAGAAUUUCAAGGGAAAGACGAGCAAGAAAUACGUCCCGGAGAUCGGAACCUUCGCGUGCUCGAGCGGCACCGUUUGUAAUAAUAUCUCGGCCGCGGAUAUCGAGGUUGUGAGCCCGAGUGGCUCGGAUCUAGCGUAUUGCUUAAAUGUCGAUGAGAUGGCGUUGGAUGUUACGUGCUCGUCGGUUUAUAAGGGGUUUAAUUAG